AUGGGCAGUACAGGUCAAAAGUUCAAGGACGCUAUGAAGAAGGAACCUAAGUGGUUGCAGACAAUUCCGCCAGAUCCAAAGUUUGGACAUAAUUAUCUGGCCAUUGCGCUUGAUAACAUUGGAUUCGAUGGUCAGGAAUUUUCAAAGACCUUUGGGUUUGGUGAAUCAUCGUCAUCAAGUGCUGGAGUCUCGAGGAGCAACUCGUUGCCGACAAUGGGAUCUAGAUCUGUACGAAGGCAGAGGAGGAGUAACUCGCCUGAUAGUGUCAAGUAUCAUGGAUUUGCUCGCAGGUCCUUCUUGUCUCGUCUAGCACCCUUCUACAAAGAGGUUGCUGUUAUUUUUGGGCUGUUUCUGGGCAUGAUGCUUCUGGUUUGGCUCUUUGCUAACGACCCAAAAGAUUACGUCGAAGAUUACUAUCCAGGCCGCAUCCCAGACCGAAUACGCAAACACCCAAUACCUAUACCCGGUGACGUAUUGUGGCCACGCCCGAACGACUACACACAUGGAUAUCAAUCGAUAGGUGUACAUCCAGACCUGGAAUUCUUCCUCAUUGGUCCUCCAUCACCACGUCUAGAACGAGCGUUUGCAAGAUACAAGAACCUAACAUUUGCAUCGGGAUGUGGCCUUGUUGGUCAGAAAUCACAUCCAACAUACACCACAUUCUUACAGCAAGUGCAUGUAUAUAUAGAGCUAGGAGACGACGAUGGGCCGAUACUAGAGCUGGCCGAUGAGAUGUAUACAAUGGAUGUACCAGCACUGUCAACGCAGGCUAGUAUUAAUGCGACUACUGUCUAUGGGGCUAUUCGAGCUCUCGAGACUCUGGCGCAACUGGUACGAGUUGAUGAAUCUAUACCAACGUCAUGUAGAUAUGUAAAACCAGAUACGCAAGUGACGUAUGUCAUCAGGAAUGUGCCGUGGUUUAUAGCUGAUAGCCCGAGGUACAAGCAUCGUGGUCUAUUGUUGGAUACUGCUAGACAUUAUUUCCCCGUCGAGUAUAUUGAAAGGAUUUUGGAUGGGAUGUCGUAUACCAAGAUGAAUGUGUUGCAUUGGCAUAUUGUUGAUUCACAGAGCUUUCCUUUUGUAAGUACGUCCUUCCCUGAAUUAUCAGCCAAUGGUGCUUAUUCGCAGGAUGAAGUCUAUACUCACAGCACCGUUAAACACUUGGUGGAUUACGCAAUGGACCGAGGAAUUCGUAUCAUACCUGAAUUUGAUAUGCCUGGACAUGCAUACGCAUGGGGUCUCGGAAUGCCAAAUUUAACAGUUUGCAAUAAUGUGCAACCGAAUUGGCAAGACUUUUGUGCAGAGCCGCCUUGUGGACAAUUAGAUCUAACAAACCCAUCAACAACCGAAACAAUCAAAGCCCUCCUAACCGAAAUCUCUCAGCUCUUCCCCGACACUGUAAUCCAUCUCGGGGCAGACGAAAUAAACAAGAACUGCUACCAAACACCCGAAACCGCCCACUACAUGAUCCAAAACAAGCACUCAAGUAUCGACUCCCUAAUCGGUGCCUUCAUGACCUCCAUAAUAGAACAUACGAAAACCUUAAACAAGACAGUCCAUCUAUGGGAAGACAUAGCACUAGAUUUUAAAAUCCCGUUUCAUCCAUCAACGGUUUUCCAGACAUGGAGAGGUCAGAGGUCGACUGCUUCCAUGACGAAAUCGGGGUUUAAUGUUGUUGUGACGGAUAAUACGGCGUGGUAUUUGGAUUGUGGGUUGGGGAAUUUCAUUAGUGGGGGCAAGAGUUGGUGUGAUCCAUUCAAGACUUGGAAGACUAUGUAUGUCUUUGAUCCGAUCAAUCAAUUGAAAGAUGUACAGGCUGAGAAGGUGGUUGGUGGAGAGGUUGCUAUGUGGACUGAAAGUGUCGACAUCAACAGCCUAGAAACAGUCGUAUGGCCAAGAGCUGCAGCUGUGGCUGAAGUAUUAUGGUCACCCGAAUACCUCACAAAGGAUACGGCUGAAGCUUCUCCUAGAUUAAGCCGAUUCCGUGACUUGUUGUUAAAGAGAGGUAUAUCUGCUUCACCGCUCUUCCCAGCAUGGUGUGGUGAACAUGGUGGGUGUGGGCCGUCUCACAACUCGGAUUUUUGA